GUCAAAAGUGUCAAAGUCAAAACCAUAUAACGUCAAAGUCAAAAAAAAAGUGUGAUUGUAACGUGAGUUGUAAACGUGAUAUUUUCUAAUUUUUGAACAUUAUUUAUUACUAAAAUAUAGCAGCACAAUUUAAUUUUAAUUUCCUCUCCACUAUUAGUUCUCAGUGGCAACUUAAAUACAUUCAUAUUUAUUUAAUAUUGUUUUAAACUUUUUUUUAAAAAUAGUCUGCAUAUAGUCAAUAAAAUUCAAUUGAAUUUAAUUAUUUUAUGACAAUUUAUAUCCUACUAAACAAUGACCGACAAGAAGGAAGAAACGCCGAAAACCAGCAACACCGACGAUGAAUUAUCCAACCUUUUAGACAGUGCUCUACAAGAUUUUACAAAAAUAGAAAAAACGCAAAAAGAUGCGAAGGGGAGCGGCGAAGCGACUGGCAAAGAGGUCAGUACAUCUACUGGCACACAACCAGACCAAGAUUGGUCUAAAGAUUUCAUUCAGCAAGCAGCUAGUCAGUUUGAGGAAAAUUUCGCUACUUUCUUAGCUAGCGCUGAUCCCAAUGCUCAAGUUACACCCGAGUUUAUCCAGCAGAAACUACAACAAAUGGCUGGUAAGCAUAACGCUGCACAACAAGUGCUCGAAAAUCCAACUCAAACAACUGACACUUCUAGCGAUUUCGCAAAUUCUAUUUCACAGGCCAUUCAAUCUUUAAAUGCUGGCGCUGAAGGCCUACAAGCCCCCAUAAAUGAGGAGGAAUUAAUGAAAAUGUUUACCGCCGGCGAAGGUUCUGGACAAGAAAAUAAUUUGUUACCCUUCAUGCAAGGCAUGAUGCAAGGCCUGCUAUCUAAAGAGGUACUUGGCCCGAGUUUGGAGGAUUUCGUUAAAAGGUUACCGGAAUACAUCGAAAAGAAUAAGGAAACUUUAGACAAGAAAGAUAUCGAUCGUUAUGAAAGUCAAAAAAAGCUGAUGGAAGAAGUGCUGGAAGAAUUAAAUAAAGAACAAGAAAGUGAUAGUGAGGAUAUUAAGAAGGAACGAUUUAGCAAAGUUUUAGCACUCAUGCAAAAACUUCAAGAUUACGGACAACCUCCCGCCGAACUGGUGGGGGAUUUAGAAGCCCCUUUCAAUUUCGAUCAGCAAGGAAACCCGUUGAACUUACCCAACCAAUUGCAAGGCAACUCUGAUUGUAGUAUAAUGUAAAUAUUUCUACCGUUAUUUUUCUCGUAGUAUCGUUUUUUUUAUUACCUUAGUUAAGCCAAAAAAAUCAAAAUUGCAAAAAAUAUAAAAAUAGUAUAAGUCAAAAAAAUAAGUACCACAUUAUGUUCUAAGAUGUGCCAAUCUUGGUUAGUAAUUCAUUUUAUAAAUGGUACGUUUAAUAGUUAAAAAAAAUAUUCUGCAAAGUACUAAUUUAUUUAUUUUCUAUAAAUACUGUAAUGUAAAUAUCGACAAAUAGAAAAACGAAUAUUUACAAGAAUUGUGGAAAAAAUUAACAAAUAUACUUUUAAAAUAUCGUGAAUUAUCCCCAAAAUUCCUACAGUUUACGUGUUAUAAAAAUACCUGAUUAAUUUGGUCUAUUACGACCGUAUCACAACACUAAACAACUCUAUAGCAAUUCUAUGUUUUACAUCACUUUAAUUUACAAUUUCGGUUUAGAUAAUGCGCAUUUUGGUUUAUUUAAGAUUUCUAACGAGUACAAUCUAUGAUAGAUUUGUAGAAGAAUAAAAGAAAAUCAUUUUAUUUCAUCUAAAUCAGCUAUAGUCAACCUUUUUUUCCUUCGGGCCACAUAUAUAUGUUAUUUGUAACUGUUGAAAAUAAUUUUAUAACGAGUAGUGUAGAAAUUUGACCCAAUAUUCCCCCUUCUCUCAAAGUCAAUAAUAUAAGUCAUUUAAAUCACACAAUUUAUUAUAAAUGAAACUACUUUAAAAUGGCAACUUUCGUACAAUUAAACUAACUGUCAAAUCUCAAAAUUACAAAUAGAUUAUGAAAAGGUCUUAUCAAUUUCAAAAUUCGAUUUUGAUACACAAAUGUCACCGAUUUUCUUGUGUUGCUAUUCAAUUCGUAUUCCGCCCCACGUUGGGCGCCAAAUAUGAAAACAUCCAAUUAGAUGCCCCUUAUCAGAAAAUAAUAUCGUAACCAAGAAUUAAUGAAAAACUUGUUGAAAUUCAACUGUCAUACUAAUAUAAAUGAAUUUAUGGUAGAACUAUUAAAAAAGAUUGUAUAACGGGUAAUACACCCGUCUGCUGUACAAUUUGAUCUGAUGAUACCUGUAGUAAAUUUCACGAAAGAUCGAUAUGAAAACAAGCAAUAAUAUUAAAGAAUGUUGUAGAAUAAUUUACGUACGGGUUUGCUCUAAUUGGGGCAUCAUCAGGUAGAGGUAGAAAAACUUAUAUAUUUCUAAAUUACAUAGUAAUUGGUUUAAACCGUUGAAAAAAGUUUUUUAACUGGUAGUAUAUCCGAUUGAUCUCUAAUUUUGAUCCUAUGAUUAUGCUCAACACUACUAUUCUUAUUCCUGUACACCUUCACCCGGUCCAAUCUUUCCCCCCCUUUAAAAUCUAAAAUGGCAACUUUCGUACAAUUUCACUGUCCAUUUUAAAAAUUACAAAUAGUUAAUGAAAAGUCCUUACUGAUUCCAAAAUUUCGAAUGUGUUAUACAAAUGUCACCGAUUUUCUAUUCAAUUUGUAUUUCGCCCCACGUUGGGCGCCAAAAUCAAGGAGCUUGUUGAAAAAUGUAUUUGUGAUAGAAAUGUAUAAUUAUUUUAUUUAGUUUUAUAGUAAAGGGUGAGUCUUUUUCUUUUAAUCCAAAUUUUUGAAAAUGCCCUCUUAUUCGUUUUUCUAUUUGACAAUAUUUUUUUUAUUUUGAAAAAUUUGUUGGUGUACGUCUUAAUUUCUAAUUAAGAAUAAUUUUGUUAUUGUUAUCAGUUAUAUAAUAUGUUAUUCUAAUUUUGUUGGAUAUAUACGUUUUAAAAUUCGCAUGGCCUAUAAUUAUUUAUGAGUAUGCAUUCUGAAGGUGCACUUGGAUAAAAGAAACGUUUAUUUCUUUUUACGAUGUUUCUUUGGUCCAAUCGAAAC